CACGAGCACAGCGCGCGGAGCGCGCGCUCUCGACAGGGGCGGGGUGACACGCGGGCGCCACCUUUAAGCGUCACGCGCGGGGCUCUGCCUCUGGACUUGAGGGUUUGAACAUGUCGCGCCUGAAGGGAGUGGCCGGGCGGGAUCCCCGAGUGGGUUUCAGAGCUGAGAGGAGAGACUGCGGUGCCUCGGUUCCCCAGGGGCUUUUAAAGGCAGCGAGGAAGAGCGGCCAGUUAAACCUGUCGGGUCGGAAUCUCAGUGAAGUACCUCAGUGUGUCUGGAGAAUAAAUGUGGAUAUCCCUGAGGAAGCUAAUCAGAAUCUUUCAUUCAGUGCUACUGAGCGAUGGUGGGAGCAGACGGAUUUGACCAAACUAAUCAUAUCCAACAAUAAACUUCAGUCACUUACAGAUGAUCUCCGACUGCUGCCUGCACUCACUGUUCUUGAUAUACAUGAUAAUCAGCUGACAUCCCUUCCUUCUGCUAUAAGAGAGUUAGAAAAUCUUCAGAAACUUAAUGUCAGCCAUAACAAACUGCAAAUACUCCCUGAAGAAAUUACAAAUCUGAGAAACCUGAAGGGCCUCUAUCUCCAGCAUAAUGAACUAACUUGCAUACCAGAGGGAUUUGAACAACUUAUCAACCUAGAAGACUUGGAUCUUUCCAAUAAUCGUCUUACAACUGUUCCUGCUAGUUUUUGUUCUCUGUCCAGUCUGGUGCGACUCAAUCUUUCCAGUAAUCAACUGAAGAGUUUGCCAGCAGAAAUAAGUGGAAUGAAAAGAUUAAAGCAUUUGGAUUGUAAUUCAAAUUUCUUAGAAACUAUACCUCCUGAAUUGGCUAACAUGGAGUCACUAGAAUUGCUCUAUUUGCGGAGGAAUAAAUUACGUUUUCUACCAGAAUUUCCUUCUUGUAGGUUAUUAAAGGAAUUACAUGUAGGUGAAAACCAGAUUGAAAUGUUAGGGCCAGAACAUCUUAAGCAUCUGAAUUCUAUCCUUGUGCUAGACCUGCGGGAUAAUAAGUUAAAAUCUGUUCCAGAUGAAAUUACACUACUACAGUCUUUGGAAAGGCUUGACCUAAGCAACAAUGAUAUCAGUAGUCUACCCUGUUCAUUGGGAAAACUUCAUUUGAAAUUUCUGGCACUAGAAGGAAAUCCUUUGAGAACGAUUCGAAGAGAAAUUAUAAAUAAAGGAACCCAAGAAGUCUUAAAAUAUCUGCGAAGCAAGAUUAAAGAUGAUGAACCUAGCCAAAGUGAUCCUGUUACUGAGACUGCCAUGACACUACCAAGUGAAUCCAGAGUCAAUGUACACGCUAUCGUCACAUUAAAAACACUAGACUAUAGUGAUAAACAAACAACUUUGAUUCCUGAUGAAGUAUUUGACGCAGUAAAAAGCAACAUUGUCACUUCUGUUAACUUCAGUAAGAAUCAGCUAUGUGAAAUUCCUAAAAGGAUUGUGGAACUGAAGGAAAUGGUUUCUGAUGUCAAUCUCAGUUUUAAUAGGCUUUCCUCCAUAUCCUUGGAUUUAUGCAUGCUUCAAAAAUUGACUUUUUUAGAUCUCAGGAACAAUUUUUUAAAUUCUUUGCCUGAAGAAAUGGAAUCACUGAUAAGACUACAAACAAUUAAUCUUUCCUUUAACAGGUUCAAAAUACUACCUGAAGUUCUGUAUCACAUCCCCACACUUGAAACAAUUUUGAUUAGUAACAAUCAGGUUGGAUCUGUGGACCCUCAGAAAAUGAAGGCAAUGGAAAAGCUGAUCACAUUGGACCUUCAAAAUAAUGACCUACUUCAGAUUCCACCAGAGCUUGGUAAUUGUGUGAACUUAAGAACAUUACUGCUAGAUGGAAAUCCAUUCCGUGUUCCUCGAGCAGCCAUAUUAAUGAAAGGAACAGCUGCUAUUCUGGAAUAUUUGAGAGACCGGAUUCCUACUUAAAUUGGAGUUGUUUUAUAAUCUUGCUCAUGUUCAUUCUUAGACUUCUUAACAUUGAUAAGUAAUGUUUUUCUAAGGUAUCGUGUGCAUUUAUAAUGGUGAUAACCACAUACAGUGUUAAUGCAUUUAUUCUGAUUGUUUUGCAUAAGAUUUAUCUUACUUUCAUUCCUUAUAAGAUAGCAGUUUCUUCAGAUGUGAAUUUUUAUUUAAUGUAGUUUAAUAUUUUUAUAAUGAUAAAGCAUUUUUGUAGAAGUGGGUUUUUUCUCCCCAUUUCUCAUUGUGUUACAUAUAAUGUGACCAAUGAAUUUGAAUAUGACCAUCUAAUUUCUACCUUUUUGUUAGAUAUAAAAUUGGAUUGAAUUUUAUUCAAAACUGUUCUUUGGUGUUUAAAAAAAUAAGACUUUUUCCUACCCAUGAUAAGACUUAAGACAUGUGAUACGGUUAGUCUUGGUAUAAAUUUUAAAUUAAUAUACACUGUCUUGUUUUUGUUUUAAUCUAGUUGAAAUGUUUCUUUUCUAGCCUUUUCCCCAUAUCUUAUGAAACCAUUUUGUCAGAAAUGCUACAUGAAGUGUAGUUACUGGUAGAGAAAACAGUAAAAGUGUUAUAAUUUUUCUCACAAUUUUGAAUUUAAACCUUGCAAUGAAAUGCAUGUAUUAAUAUACAAUAUGUCUAUUACUCUGUACUAAUAUAAUCUAGUACUUCUGGAUUCAAAAAAUUUAAAGAGAUUGGAUCUGCAUAUUUUUAUCUCCCAAGUAUGAGUGUUUAAAAAUAACUUUUGUUCUUUUUAAAGUCCUGAAGACCUUAUUUUAUUAAUUCUAUAGUUAUCAGCAGCAGAAAAUAACUAACAACAUAUACUGCAAUGAAAUCUUGACCUGUACUUUCUUAAAUACUUACUUAGGUAUUUGUACACAUAACCUACUCUUUUGGUGUGUUCUAACCCAACCUUGUGCAUUUUUUUUUAUUUCUAGAGCCUUACUUUUCAAAUUUGCUUCUAAUCUUCAUAAGACUGAACCUAUAGUUAAUGUGGUAAUUUUCUGAAAGGGAAUUUGUUAUAGGUUAACUUGAUUUAGUAAAAAAUAAAAUAUAAACAUUUUUAUUUACACCAAAAAUACCAGAAGUAGGCUGAUCAGUCAUUAUGAAACUUACCAUGUGAAUCUAUUAAGUAGCCAAUCAACAGAAUGUCUAUUAAUUUAUAUAGACAGGUAGGUAGGUAGCUAGCUAGCUUUUGAGUGAUUGUGGCAUGCUCAUAUUAUGGGAAACAAAACAAAACAAAACAUUGCCAAUAAGGAUAAAUAGCUACAUGUCCGUAAUAAAAGCUACAUUUUUCAAAUAUUGCUUAUAAUGAUUAUGUUUUUGGUUUAAAAGAAACAUGCCUUUUUCACACUACAACUCUGUGGCUAAGAAAUCAGCUUUGAUAUUAAACAAAAGACACUUUACAAUAAGGUGACAUUUUAUUAUUUAUACAAUAAAGAGACUUUUAUGUUAUUCAAAACACGUUUUUAAAUACUGAAAAAGUUGAGUACACCAAAGCCGAAAAAUGGCUCUGCUAUACACUGCACAGCAUUAUUUUAGUCCCUGUAUUUUGUAUCUGUACAGAAAGCAUCUUCAAAAUGCAUUCUAAUCACAUUGUACACCUUUACCAAUUAGUGUCAGUACAUAAAAUAAACUGGAGAAUACAGCUUGCAUUUGCAAAUUAACUGACAAAGUAAUUAAUUUCACUGAUUCAGUAAAUUUAAAAUAUAGAUUCAUAGGACUCCUUUGCACAUAAAAUGAAGCAGCUUUCAAGGUCAUUAUGGUCUUAUACUGCAAAAGAAAAAAACCAUUAAGUACAUUCACAAUCUAUGUUAAUAAAGUAGUAAAUAUGUCUUCAUUCAGUUUUUAUUUACAUCAAUAUGUAGUUCAACUAAAAAGUACUGUUAAUUGUGAUACAGUUUGUUAACACAUACAAAAAUGACAACUUUUUAUAUAUAAUUUAAGCUCAAAAUCACAAUUAUCUCAAAAUAUUAAUUACAAUACAGCCAUUUCAAUUAAACAUGUCAUGAUUUAAUUGUUUUUUAUAAAAUGGUAAAAUUUGUUAUUAAAGUAAGCAAUUUGUUUUGAAUUGGCUACAGUUCACCCAUGUAGAAAACCUUAAAUGUUAAGAGGUGUUUCCUGCCCCUCCCACCCGAAUUUGUAUACAGCCACCUAGCCUAGCAAAGAGACAGAAAAGGCCCCAAUUUAUAAAGAUUAAGCCUCUUUUGCUAUACUGCUGUGGCUUGUUGCUUCUUCCAUAAAAGCUUUACAAGGGGAGUGUUAAUAAACUAUGCAAUGAAAUGCAUGCAUUAAUAUACAAUAUGUCUAUGUAAAAUGUUAGUGUUUACCAGUGCACAUUAAAAUGUUCACAAAGACUGCAAAAGAAGUCAUAAAGAAGCAUUUAUAAAGAUCUACCAGUUGCAAACUGUGAACUUGAAAACUACUUGAUAACGUAAUGAAAUUUCUUUGAAAACAGAUCCCAAUUCUCUGGCUAAAGGAAUUCUAGUUACUUGGCCUUAAGAUGUCACUGUUGUGCUGCACAUAUGGUAGUGAAGUCAGAUGUUGAAAAAGAAUGAGUCUAGAGACUGUCUUCCUCUUACUAAAAUAGUGGCCCAGUGUUGCAUCACUGCAUAGGAAUUUUUCUUAAACCUACGGAAGAGUGAAAUAUUUCACUAGCUGAUUAUAUGCUCUCAAAGGAAAAAUGGACAGUUUAUAUGUGUGUGCAUGUGUUUAGCAUAUGGAAAAAUAUUAAUAUAAAUAGGUGGAAUUAGAACUUUUUUAUAUAGUAAUAAAAGGAUUGUGUCCCUCCAAGUAACUAAGGUCCAAAGUAAUCAAUUGUCAAGUAGUUUAGGAAUGAAAGAAUAAUUUUCAUGGGUACUUAAAAUUCUAAAAACCUGCAUCUAGUAUCCUUUUACUUAUAAUUCUUUACAGACCAAUUAAAAGUCUAGCACUGUCUAUUUAGAAUUGCUGCUGUUAAUAUUUCUUUUCUGAGUAGAAAGAGACCAUAGUUCACCUUAUGUUUUACUUAUAUGCAGCUGGGUGGGGAGGGUGCCCUUAGGUGGUUAUACAGUGGGAAAAUGAAACUAUAGUACUUGCAGCCUUACUUUUGCAAGGUUAUUUGAGAUGGUCUUUGAAAUUUGCAAACAAUUUGGUAGAUUCACCUCUGAUUUUUUAACUAGGAAAAAAUUGCUCUUUUAUAUGAGGACAGUGCCAUUGUCCUUAAGCUUCCUUUAGUCCCUUCUCUAUGCUGAGUACAAAGAGAAACUUGACUGGCUUUGAGACAAAAAUAUCCAGCUUAUCUGCCUAUCAAUUAUCUUUCAAACAGAAAACAGUAAGGCUUGUUUUCAAGGAGAAAAAUGUAGUUGAAGGUGUUAAAGGGAAAUACCUAAACAUCAUAAAGUGGUAUAAAACAUUUAUUGCAUUCCAUUGACACUAGGUGUCAUCAAAGCUAAAACCAAAUUACCAGAGUAAAACUUAACAGACAACACUACUCACUGCCCUGAACAGAUGCCUUUUCCACAUUCAAGACCAGUAAGAGUCCUCUGCAAGGAAAGACUACAAGUAUUGAAUAUGGAAUUGAUUCUGGCACUACAUUCUGAAAACUAAUGAUCAUUCUAACAAAUAUGGAACUGUUUUAUGUUCUAUCUGCCUGAGACUUGCAACUUGGUUUUCCUGUGGACUUUCCAAAAAAUUACAUAAGAUUUCCUGACUAAAUAAGAGAUGUUCUUUAGUAGAGUGCUGGGGAAGGGGAAGAGAGAUGGAAAGAUACAAAGAGUUAUAAUAUGAUUGCUUUUGUCCAUUCAUCAAACACCUUCAUUAAUCUAGCUAUCAUAAAAGUCAGUUGACCUGCAUACCUGGGCAUUAAUCUCAUUGCUUGACCUGUGCAAAACAAGUGUGCAAAGAAAAACACCUACAUAUGUGUGUCUAUACAAAGACACAAAACCUGAGUCACAAUAAAAAGUUUUUAAUGUAAGAAAACUUUUCUUAAUGUAGGAAAAUAACCUUUAAAGGGCCAAAAAUACCUUUGUACAAUAUUAUCAGCUGACUUGAAAACUUCAAUGUGCUUAAGUAUCACAUAUUUUAUAAGACCCAACGAAAAAAGAGAUCACUUACAUUUGAUAAUUUUCUUAAGUAUAGAUACCCACAUUUUUACUUCUAACAUCUAUUUUCAUUCCCCUGAAUUCAUUAACUUUUCAAAAAAUAAAUAAAAAGCACAUUCAGCAUGAGGACUGUUUAAUUUCUGAUGAACAGUUCCUGAUUUUUUUCUAAAUAUUGAGGACAUAGGAGAUUUGGGGUUGUUAGGCGUAUAACUAACUGCCAAGCCACAAUGGAAUUCUAAAAUUCAAAACAAAAUAUAAUCUGUUAUUAAGAGAAACAUUACUUGGAAAAAUAUUUUGUAGAUGCAGUUGGGCCAAAGUCUGCGUAAAGCUAUUCUCUCAUUUGCAGGCUCCCUCCCUUUCUGCAGACAGCUCAAAAACUCCUUUUUUCUCUAUGCUCCAUUUCCUUAUCUUUCAAUGGUUUUCUUACCUUUUCCCUACUCGAACCCUGAAUUGUGCCAGCUGAAGCUCCCUUGCCCACAUUCAGCCACCAGUUACAAUGUUUUCUUUACUCAUCUACAUCUUUGUUAUCUCUUCCUCUUCCUCAGGAGCUCCGUUCUCUGGGAUGACUCCUUGGCUUCCCUUCAUGUGCCACUAACUAGUCAGUUAGGAGAAAAUCUGUUUAAAUGUCCCCAUCCCUAACAUUAGACACUGACCUAAGGCUCGAUUCAGGACAUACUUAUUCCCUGGUCUGUAUACAUCUUAGAUGCAUACUGAGGAUAUUUUUUAGAAAAAUGAGUGCAAGUUGCUUCUCCCAUGUUGCCUCCAAAUGGCCACUGCCAUCAACUAUACAUUUAUGUCAGUUAAAUUACUGGCACUUAGAAGAGGAAGCCAUCUGAACAAAAGGUUCAAUCCUUGCAUCUGUAGUUGGUUGGGGGGGGGUGCUUUGAAUACUCGUAUCAAAAGGUGAAGGGAUUCUGGGCCGUGGGUCUGGUUUGGGGAUAGGUGGGAAAUAAAUGCAGUAGGGUAAGGGAUUAGAGGCAUUAGCCUAGGGAACUGUAGUCUCUUCCUGCCUUUUAGUAUGACACUUGCCCAAGGAUCACUAGAAGGAUUUUGUAUUGUGUGGAAGGCUAAAAGCAGAGUCACACUUUCUCUGCCAAUAGACUCGUUACCAUGGGAACUAAUGCAGAAAAAUGAAAAUAUGACAAGGAGCCGAGGAUUAAAUGUGGAGAAAAUUGAUAGGGAGUUGGUUUCUACAUGGCAAUUUGAGCACUGGGGAUUUAAAGAAACAGGACGUUCCUCGGGUGGCCAGACCAAUGAAAAUGGACAAAAUGCCUUGUUGGUAGCUGAUCCUGGAGGCUGAGAUGUGGGGAAUGCGGGGGAGAAGGCAGUAAGCAUGUUGUAGUUUGGACAAGGGGGACUCAAAUCCAGUCCCAUCCCUGGUGAGGUUAAACUCGUCAGUCCAAAUGUCAAGUUAACCAUAUGAUCAAAGCUGCCCUCAUGCUUAACCUGAAAAAUAAAAGCAGACUGCCAUAACAAUUUUCUUCUUGCCUUUCCAAAGCCAGGACAAUCUACCUGACGAAAGUAUUGCACACCUAAUAUAUUAUUGCUUGAAACACAUUCCUGAAUAUUAAAAAAAAAAAAAAAUCACAACUUUAAAUUUGUGGUUGCCAUCCCCCAACAAGCAGCUACUGUAAC